AUGAGUAAAGACCUGAAGGAAAUUUAUGCACUCACGGAACAGCAACUUCAGGUGAUUCAACGCUAUUUUAUGUCCGAUACAUCUGAUAACGUCAAUGAAAACGAUAUAGACGCAUGGAUGAGUGGUAAUGACAAUGAUUCUAAUGAUGGAAUGGAUACUGAGAAUGAAGCGGGAGUUGUUGCUUGGACCGAUUUUGGUUCAUUUGAUGUUGAUACUAACGAUCCACGCCCUGCCCUCAUCCGAAAAGGAAGCAAAGAUUUCAGAAAAACUGCUAAAAAUUCGAGGUGGUUACAAGGAUCAUUGAUUUCGGCUGUAGGAAAUAUGGAUUUACUAAUUUUUGCUCAUGCGCAAAAGGUUGUUUCGAUUGAAAAGAAUCCUUCAGACAAUUCAUUUCAAAUAAUUGCGCAAUUUAAUACAGCUGAUUUAUCAUGGUCCCCUCCGGCCUAUAUUCGAUGUGUAUGUGUAUUGCCACUGAGUUGUACAAGGAAAACGGAAACGUCAUUAUAUGAUUGGUCGGCAGUUGUUAUUGGGAUGAGCAAUGGAUAUGUCCGAUUUUUUACAGAAAAGGGUUUACUGCUACGUUCUGAUCACGUUUCGAAUAGUCCUAUCGAGGAAAUUCGGCUUGGAAGAUCGAUGAUGGCUGGAAAUCAAGAAUUGGCGGUAUUGUCGCAAACAGAUUUGACAUGUAUCGAAGGUCUUUCAUUAUACGUAGCGUUAAAGGCAGCAAAAAAUCAACUUGCCUGUGGUGAGAUGGACAUUGAGAAAGUAGCAGCUCAUGCGAAAUUAAAUAUUGAGAAAUUGAAGUUUGAAUCUGGUAUAAAUGUUGUUGAUUUCGGUAUUUCGGGUCCGUUAAAAGCAACAUGGUUCGAUCUUCAUAGUGCCGCAACACUUUCGCCUCAGGGUUAUAAAGCUAAAAUAGAACGUUCAUCACUUCCUCUUUAUUCGACAUAUGUUUUUGUUGGUCGGUCUCCCUACAUAGGCUUUGGUUGGCAUACGCCAAGUGCUUCGCAGAGUGUUUUAAGUGAUGCUUUAUAUGCUCUUGGAAGUCAGCUUACAUCGUCUGUUGCAUCAAGCAUGCCAUCGUUUGGCCUACGUUCAUUUUUGGGCAUAGGCACAUCCCGAAAGGAUCGUCAAUCAAUUGUCGAAAUCAAGCCCAGUGCUGUGAUACCAAUGCGUUCAUCUAUUGUUGAUGGCAAGCGUGAAGGUGAACGCAUAUAUAUGGCACCAGCAAAGUAUAAACUUGCUGCAGUAACAGAUUCGUUAGCUCGCGUGACCUUAAUUGAUAUUAGGACCCGCCAUAUGGUACGGAUGUGGAAAGGAUACCGUGAUGCACGUUGUGCCUGGUUGGAGAGUGCAUCCACAUUAGACCGGAAGAAAAGUAGAUAUGAACUUGAAGUGCAACCGUCAACUGCUUUAUUCUUGAUAAUAUUUGCACCAAGGCGUGGUUUACUUGAAGCAUGGAGUAUGCAGAAUAGAAGACGAGUUUUUGCGUCAAGAGUGGACCGACAUGGUCGAUUAAUCAGCAUACCGCGACUCAGCGAUUAUUUAUUAGGGUGUGAUGAACGGGCUACAUCACAUUUUCCAUCUGUUUUCUUUUUGUCGUCGGAUGGAACGAUCUAUCAACUAUGGAUUCCCUUCCAUCGUGCAUUAUCAGACGAAAGUGACUUCGCUAUUCAUGAUUCAAGCAUUAUCAAAGAGAUUAAUCACUUCAUAAAAGGUGGUAUUAUAAACGACUUUUCGACUUGGUUGCAAUUUUUUCGAGCUCUAAAAACCACUGCUGCAAUGCGAGAAAGUAUAGAUCUUCUGUGGAGGGAUUUCGACGUCGAUUGUUACAAACUUAGUCGUAUUAUAGCUUCCGUUCUACAGCAUGUAGAAAACUUUCAUUCAAUGAUGAAAUCUCCAGAUAGCGAUAAUUUGGUGAUUUAUGUUACUGCAAUUUCACAGCUGAUUGAUAUUUAUAUAUAUUUGCAUAAAAUAAACAUUGAACAGCCGAACACGACAACUGAGGAAUUUAAUAAGACUGAUAUUGCUGAAAGCCUCUUCAUCAAUAAAGAAAUAUUGGAUUUAUGCCUGCGACGAAUUUCCGAGUACCACACUGAAAACUUUUCUUCGAAAAAGAAAAACCUUACACUUGCUGAAUUCAUAGCACAUUUUGACUUGACUCAAGCGAACUUGACAGCAUCGAAUGGGACACGAUUGAAAAACAAGUUAGUCAAGAAAACUGCUGCAUUCGGCGAGCUUCUUUUUGGUGGCGUAUUAACGGGGCGUUGUACGAUUCAGCAUUUUAUAAAUUACAUGAUACCACAACUUGGCUUAUCAGAAGAAGAUUUUGCGGAUGCGUUUUGUGCAUAUUGGCUGAGUCCAUGUGAUGAUCUCGUUGAUCGCUUACCACGUGUGUUAAUCCUCUGUAAGCAUUUAUCGGAAGUUGAUUCUGACGGGCAAUCUUGGUUAGCGAAAGUGGAGCAAAAUAUUCGUAUCAGUCAAGAACUUGGUGCAGCUCUGAUAUUAUGUUUGGUUGCACGAGCUGUAGCAAUCACUCGGAGGUAUUCAUCGUCAAUUGAAAUUAUCAACAACAGCAGUGAAUUGAAUGACGGAUCGCGUUAUGAGAAUUGGAAUGAAGUGGAAUUAUCGUUGGAAUGGUGGGAUUUGCUUUUAAGACAUUUGCAAUGCAUGCUUGUUCUUAAAGCACUACCUGGUGAUUUACGAGUUUGCCUUUCAGACUUAAUUAAUGGUGGUCCAGCUUACUAUAGGGAGCAGAUUGGUAGAUGGGCAGCGGAAUUCAGUUUGGAUCCGGUACAUCUUUAUGAUAUCUUCAAUGAUCCGACGAUAGUAAAUCCUAAAGUGAAAUGGGAAGUUACAAUCGGUGAAUUACGAAAAUUGUUCCCAAUAAGUCUUUCAUCUAAAUAUGUGGUAUGUGAUUGUGCUUGGGAAUGUAUUGGUGCAUGGAGGCGUCACAAAGAUAAAAAUGAAGCUUGCAAAUUAUUAAAAAAAACAGUAAAAUUUGUUGAGCUUUUGAGUGAAGCAGGUAUAUUGCAACAUGGUCUAUGUUUCAUGCUAUGGGAUACGUUCCUUCGUCAGCCUUUCCGAUACAUUUACGACUUUCUAAAUCGGAAAUCGUCGAAGUUUAAAAAAUUGGAGAGUUGCAGAAUGGAUCUGGAGCAUUUUCCUUCCUGCUGUACGAAAAUUUUGCGAUUGUUGCGGAAUUCUGUAAGAUUUGCAGAAGCAAUCGAUGGAAGUGAGGAUUCAUCAAAUGAUUCUAUUGGCUCUAAUUUAUUCGAAGAUUUUACUGAAUCAGUGUUUGAAUUUCAGCGGCGUAAACAAACGAAACCAAAAAAACCGUUGAGUCUCAUGGCCGGGCUUCAAAAGCCGGUGAAUUAUCCGCUUGUUUGUCAUCAUCAUGACCUCGCAAUGGUGAUCGAAUUGCAAGUUGCUCUGGAAGAAUGGCCUCCAGGGCCAAAAUAUUUGUUCGAUUCAGUUGGUGAACGGGCAUUUUUCGAAUCAUUAUAUGCUCAUCCAUUGAUUCCGAUGGAAAGCGUUACGGAAAGUGUUCGAAAAAAGAGGAUGGAUUUCUUGAAGAAAUGUGUCGCGCAUAAUGGUUCAUCAGAAUUUAACCGUGACUUACGUUUUAAUAUCUAUGAUCUAGCUAAUGAUUGGACACUUAGUGCUGACGAAAUCAAGAGCAAGGAAGUUGUUAUUCUAUACCAAAAAGGUCUUGAUUGCGAAGCAAAAGAUGUCUUAAGAGUGAUGGAAAGUAUGGAGCUUCUGCCUUACGAACUUUUCGACAUAGCUGUUGCGCGUGUCCGGAAAUGGUUCGAUACAAAUGAAAAGGAGGAUCUCAUGAUGCGUGGUUUAAGAACGUCAUUUAUGAAUGAUCUGAUGAUGAAGUGUAUUCGUGAAUCAAAAAUGGAAGUUGUUCUGGUUCCGCCGGAUGAUAUUAACCAACUUAUGCGUCAAGUAAGAAUAUGCUUAAGUCGUGUACAUCCGAAUGAUCAAGCAGUUAAAAUUGAUCGCCUUGCUCUUGACUUCGAAAAACUUAUAACAAUGAUUCAGUAA